UAUGCCAUGUUUGAUGGAAGAGGACAAAAUCGUGAUGCAUUUCAAGGUACCUAUCAAUAUAGGACAGGCCAGUACCUACCGAAUUGACCUCUCUACCGCUUAUCAGUACAGUAGAAGGCUGUUCAACAUGACAGGUGGAAGGAUAUCGGUGCUCAUUUUACUGGCGUUGUGCAGUUCAGAGAUAUGUCUUGGUUUUCUUUUCAAAACUCAAGUUUGCUACGAAAAUGUGGAUUGCUUCUCCAAUCACAAACCCUUUGACAACUCUCUCGAAGCACUCCCGGAAUCACCCGAGGAAGUGGAUGUCACCUUCACAUUUUUCAUGAGAGGAGGACCAGCUAAUGGUGUCAAAUUCGAUUACAAGGACACCAAUGUCAAUAUCAUUCGUACUUCCGGUUUCACCGGAAACAAGCCAACCAAGAUGAUCAUCCACGGGUACAUGAGCAGUGCUUACGAAGUCUGGGUACACAAUAUGACCAACGCAUUCUUGUCAAGGGGCGAUUUCAAUGUGAUCGCGGUGGACUGGAAGGUCGGUGCAAGUAAAAUGUACCAGCAAUCUGUCUCCAACACCAGGGUAGUGGGGGCGCUUUGUGCUCAGCUUCUGGCGAGAUUACGGGACACGUUUAAUGCAGAUAUGACGAAGACUCACGUGACCGGACAUAGCCUCGGCGCGCAGACUGCUGGGUAUAUCGGCAAUAGAAUUCCAGGCCUUGGCAGAAUUACCGGUUUGGAUCCCGCCGGGCCUCUGUUUGAAGACUAUGCACCGGAAGUUCGUCUUGAUCCUACAGACGCUUUAUAUGUUGACGUCAUUCACACAGAUGCUGUACCAAUCCACGACGCCGGAUUUGGGAUGAAAAGUCCGUGUGGCCACAUCGAUUUCUAUCCGAAUGGACUAAAUGAACAGCCCGGAUGUCCACCCCCUGUCAGUACAACACUUGAGCAGCUGCUAACCAUGGCUUUCACAAAUGCGUUCGAGUCGGUGGCGUGCAGUCACGAACGAGCUGAGGGAUUGUUUACGGAAUCUCUACUUCAAGGGCCCUGUAAGUUUACCGCACACCCUUGCUCCUCCUACGAUGACUACGUAGCAGGCAGAUGUCCAGGGUGCGGCUCUGGACCAUGUCCCGUCAUGGGGUACGACUCUUUCCUGGCCAAUAGGACAGGGACGUUCUUCUUGACAACUAACGGUCACUCUCCGUACUGUCAAUAACAGCCGGUUUCAACAAUUUUUAACUUAGGUGAGCCUGGAUAGUUUAUAUGGAGUAUACAUGUUAUUAAUGUCAAUAAACUCGGU